AUGCGAAAACGAGACGAUAAUGUUAUCGCAAAAUCAUCAGAUGGUGGGAUUACAGGUAUACAAGAGAAAAUAAAUAAUUUAGAAGCUCAAAUCAAACAACAACCAGCAGUUGUACAUGAUGGAAGUCUUAUAUGGAAAAUAACACAUGUUAAUGACAAACUAAAUGCUGCUCGAUCAGGUCAACAACGAUAUCUUGAUUCACCACCAUUUUUCUCAUCACCAACUGGCUAUAAAAUGUGUGCUCGACUCUACUUAAAUGGCGAUGGUAAUCAAUCUCGUGGGAAAUUUAUUUCUUUAUUUUUUAUGUUAAUGCCUGGUGAAUUUGAUGCUAUUCUUCACUGGCCAUUUAAUUUUACAAUCAAAUUUUCUCUCAUUACUCAGUCAGAUGAACAACCAAACAUUGAUGAAAUAUUCCUUCCAGAUUCAAAAAGUCCAAAUAUUUGUGGUAAGCCCCUUUUGAAACCGAAUGAACCUAUUGGUAUACCUCAAUUUUAUUCAUUAGAUUUAUUAUUGCAAAAAUAUAUAAAGGAUGGCACUAUGUUUCUUAAAAUAAAUAUGGAGUUUGGUGAAAGAUUUCAAAUACUUUCCUCAAAGAUCUUACCACCAUUAGCAUCGUCAACGUGUACAUCUUCAUCUAUUGUUGCUACGGAUGAAAAACGACAAUCUACACCUGAUGAUAAUAUGGAAUCUGGACUAUGCAUAAUCUAA